CUUGCAGAUGAUCUGGCCUCCUCUAGAGUCCGCCUCUAUUUCUUCAUCUCAAAUGAAGGGAACCAGAACUUGUUUGUUGUUCAAGCCAGCCUGUGGCUUUAUUUGAAACUGCUUCCGUAUGUCUUAGAGAAAGGCAGCAGGCGAAAAGUCAAAGUCAAAGUCUAUUUCCAAGACUUGGACACUAGCAACAAGUGGAAUAUGGUUGAAAAGAAAGUUGAUCUCAAAAGGAGCGGUUGGCACACUUUUCCCAUGACAGAGGCGAUCCAGGCUCUGUUUGAGAAAGGAGAAAGGAGACUGAACCUGGAUGUUCAGUGUGAGGGGUGCGAAGAGUAUUCAGUGCUGCCAAUUUACGUGGACCCUACGGAGGAAUCCCACCGACCUUUUUUAGUGGUGCAAGCCCGGCUCACUGAUAACAAACACAGGAUCCGGAAAAGAGGCCUGGAAUGUGAUGGCAGGACCAAUCUGUGUUGCAGGCAACAGUUUUACAUUGACUUUAGACUCAUUGGGUGGAAUGACUGGAUCAUAGCGCCAUCAGGUUACUAUGGGAAUUACUGUGAAGGCAGCUGCCCAGCCUACUUGGCUGGAGUCCCAGGGUCAGCUUCCUCUUUUCACACGGCUGUCGUGAAUCAGUACCGCAUGCGAGGCCUGAAUCCAGGCACCGUAAACUCCUGUUGCAUCCCGACCAAACUUAGCACAAUGUCCAUGCUGUACUUCGACGACGAAUAUAACAUUGUGAAAAGGGACGUUCCCAAUAUGAUUGUGGAAGAAUGUGGUUGCGCUUGAUUUACGGGGUGUUUCGGGGGAGGGGCAGAGCAGAAAGAGAACAGUCCCGAACUAGAUGGUAUUGGAGGAAGUUUCACUGUGUAUCCAGGCAUCGGUGUUGAGUCACUGCGGAAAAGUCUGGCCUCCCCCCCAAAAAAAAAGUUUCACAUUUUGGUGUCAGGACAGUGGCCGUUUGUGGAUCUUGGACAUUUAAAAUAUUCUACCACUUAUAAACUAAUGCUAUGAAAUAUUUUACACGCACGCACACACACAUGCACACACAUACACAUGAAAGAGAUACAAGCAACAGGAAGUCAGUCACCAGUGACAAUGUAACUAAAAUGCCUGCCAGUACAAGUGAAUGGCUAAGCAGUUGGUCCUCCACCUGCCAGGGAAGUCAGACUGAAGUGAGCUCUGUGUGCUCAUACAAAACACACACACACACACAGCUCUGUGUGCUCAUACAAAACACACACACACAAAGAAAGAACAUAAUGUAUUCUUGCACACAGGUGUCAAAAUCACCAAACCUAAAAAUGACCAUCAUCUCUUAGGUCCAAAGGGAAGCUGCAGACCAUCUGCUGAGACAGGUGAUCACUUCCUCUUAAUUUAAUUUAAUAUAAACACCGCCUAUAUCCUUAUUUUCCAACAGCACUGCCAGUCAGGGAUACCAUAUGAUAACAUCGGAGAGAAAGGGAGAGAUCCACAUAAGCAGCGACUGUAAUUCUGAGACUGUUGCUGUAUUCUUCUAAACCCCGUGUGUAGCUGGCAUUAUUUGAUGCUUUAACUGAUGGCUAGAAAUCCAUGGCCAGCUCUUUCUGUUGUGCUGUUGAAAAGGGGCUUUUCUAUUCUAUCUGGAUUGUGCUGACAAUUAGCAUCUUGCUGUUCUAAGAACAAAAAUCAAAGUUGCAAUCCGUGUUUCGGCAGGAGACUCCGCAAGGACAUGUAAUGUGGGAGAAAAGAAAACAAAAACAAACGUUACCACACGUAAACCAAUGAAGCCUAAGAGGAAUUACAGUAAAGCGGUGGAGACAUUCUGAAAAAAAAAUGCUGUGCAUUUAAUAACAGGUGAAGAACACUUUAACAAUCUUGCAAAGGAGGAGAGAGGAGAGUGCUUUCGUUUUCUUUACCAGGAAGUGUCAAGGAUGGCCAUACAGAUCAGAAAAUAAAGAUACAGCAUAGCACUUGCAAACUGCUUGAAUGCACGUAUUAUAGCACUUGCAGAUUUCAAUGCCUUGAAAAGUGGUACUUGGUAGUGCACUUAUCUUUGCUCACUAUCUAGGUAAACAAGUGCCGCAUGAGCUAUGCAAUUUAAAGUGUUGACCCAUACUAGACAAAACUGGACUUAUGAUAUGACUUUUUUAUAUUUUUUUAUACUUGAAAUUAAAUCUUUUGCUUCUUUUUUAAAGCGAAUGAUUGCUUUUAAUGUUUGCACUGAUUUAGUUGCAUGAUUAGUGAAAAAAACUGCCAUUUGAAAAAAAAGUUAUUUUUAUAGCAGCAAAAAAUGUAUUAUACAUAAAUUUUGGAACCAAAGAGGCCAACAUAUUAGUUAUAAUUUUUAUGCGAUGGCAAAGCCAUCAUAUGUCAUGUAGUUGUUCUGAGCAAUCCCUCACAAGGCCUACCGAUUCUUUCAGGGUACAAAAUGGAUUCUGUGUGUUCUAUUCAAUGUCUUUUCUAUACCGUACGCACAUGGAAUGUAGAGUGAAAAAACGACUGUUGUAGAAUACAUUACAAUAUGUACAUCCUUUAAAUCCAUUUUUUAUGUUUAUUUAAUAAAGUUCCUUUUUAGGUUCUGUUCCAUAGUAAUUUAAAACCAAACAAGUUCCACUUAGAUUUGCUGUUUGAAGUAUUUUGCAUUUGUGUACAGAUUAAGUAAAUAAAAAGAUUAAAAACUGGAUGAGCUUUUAUGAA